AUGACUGAUCCUCUUCGGGUGACGGUGGAGUGCUGGGAGAAUCAGCGCUAUCAUCCACUGAAGGGUUGGGGAUUCCACCGGCUGCCGAUGGACCGCACGGCGUGGUCCAAUAAGAAGGGCGACGCGGUGCUCUGCCGCGAUAGUUUUCUCACGCCGAUUGGUUGGAUUUGGGCCACCGAGUGGACCGUCGCCCCCAACGGGCAGCACCGCGAGGGAUGGUUCUACGCAGCGGACUUCAGUAUUCCCACACGCUUCUGCAGUAGCACACCAAACAGCAUGAGUUACGUGCGGCGACGCAAAUGGGUCCGCACACGUGUGCAGUUAACAUAUGAUGAUGAUCAUCAUCACCACAACAAUAACAAUAGUGGAAGUGUGGGGUUGUUGGAUGUUUUAUCGCAUUCUUCUAGUUUUCAGGCGGAUCCGCGUGUGGUGUGGCUGAGCACUUCUUUCUAUGGAUUUACCGGAGCCACAGUGGAGGAGCAGCGGGAGGAUCAGCGUAGACAGCAUAUCUGUUGUUAUAAAUUACAUCGUUGUUUAGAUGUAUCUCGCGGUAGUGUUAUCACAGUAGAGGAAGAAGAAGGUGAAGAAGACACGGAGGUGCUUUGUAAUAAUAAUAAUAAUAAUAAUAAUAAUAAUAAUAAUUUAUCAUUACAUCGACAUCCUUCUGUGACCUCUGCUGUGCUUAACUGUGUGUAUAAUUACGGUCUUGCCCAAUGUCUACGUCCGGCGCUUUGGUUAGAGUGGUCAGGCGCUGCAUCUCUUCAACGAGAAUCUCCUCGGAUGUAUGAUGAACUUAUGUUGCAUAUCGAUAAGGUUUGUGGUCAGCCAUUACAGGAUAUUAUGCAAGAUGUCGUUCGAACCGCACCUCGUCAUCCAUUCUUUGCGAAAGAUGGAGGUGGAGCAGAAGAACUACGUAAAGUGUUGUUAGCUUUAGAGGUUGCAGGUGUUCUACCUUCUUAUCAUCAAGCAUUUAGUUAUAUUGUAGCUACGGUCUUAUUAAACUUGCCGGCGAAGGAGACUUUUUGGGUUGUCACUUCUCUUUUUGAUCAAUUUCUUCCACAUGGAUAUCAUGAGGAAUACCGUUUACAGGAGGAUUUGAUUUUAUAUAAACAAAUACUUGAGAAUAAGAUGCCCGAUGUCUUUGCACAUUUUAAAUUACGUCGUAUAGAAGUUUCCGUAUUUGCAAGCGGAUGGCUUCAGGGAUUAUUUUGUGCACAUUUCCCAUUUUGUACUGCGGCUCGUAUUCUUGAUGUUCUCUUUGCUGAAGGUGAUAGUAGUAUUCUGGUACGUUUUCUUGUAGCAUUUACGAUGAAGUUCCGUCUGGAGAUGCUGGAAAUGGAUAGUAGCGGUUCAUUAGGUCACUUUGCAAAUGAGUGGGCACGUAACUGCUUUGAUAUUGAUGAUAUUAUGACUGCUGCGAAGAAGGAUGGACUGAGAUCUAUUGUUUUAUUUCACAGGAUGGAACGUGCACAGAAUGAUAAGGUGAGUUAG